GAUAUGCACACAUGCGCCGUUGCGUUGCGUCCCGCUGUUUCUAUCAGCGUCUCGCGCCAAUAGCGUUGCGUUUUAAGACGCGCGUCAAGUUAAAAAUAGUUUAGCUUUUAAAAAAUGCUUCUUGAGAUCCCCCACGCUUUACGAAUCGACGUCGCGCACUAGCAAUGUCGCCCGUUUUGUUGAUUAUAUCAGGAGCGUUGUAGAUGGUCGCGUCGCGUCCAGUGUACAUGGGUUGUAGGAUGAUGAGGCGUGGGGAGGGUUCGGCUGGCCAAUGCGCCAAUAGACGCCAAUGGCUUGAAAAGCCGCUUCUGUGCGCAUGAUAGUAUGAAGACGCUGAGACUCUCAGACGCGUAGAGAUUUCACACAGCUGUGAUUGCGAAAAUAUUCCGUAUAUCUGAUAAUAAAUGGACGGACCAGGAGCAGAAGCAUUCGCGGUCCACUUGUCACCGAGGGAGAGCAAUUAUUGGAAAUAAUGGGGAAUACAACACCCAAACCACUGAUAGAUGCCAGCCUACAGCAUCGCCCGGUGGCCAGUCGGCAGUACUGCACAGUUUCCAACAGUGGAGCAGAGCGCCGCACAUCUGCCCCUCCAAUCAGCAUCGACUCUCCCCGUUUUCACCCUCACGCCAAGGGCAAAAACAUCCGGCUGGACACACAGCUGCGCCGGGCCAUCCGGAAGAACAGUUUCUGCAACGGCAUCACCUUCAGCCAGCGUCCUGUGCGUCUGUAUGAGAAGGUGCGCUUGCACCUCUCAGGAGUCCACACAGGCUGGAGCGGGGCUCUCCGCUUCGGUUUCACAAGCUUAGACCCUGGCGAGCUUGGCUUAGCUGACAUCCCCAAAUAUGCUUGUCCAGACCUGGUGACACGGCCAGGAUUCUGGGCCAAGGCUCUGCCUGAACGGCUGGCCAUGCGGGACAAUGUUCUGGCCUUCUGGGCUGACCGACACGGACGGGUCUUCUACAGCAUCAAUGACGGCGAGCCCAUCCUCUUCCACUGCGGUCUGAGUGUUGCCUGUCCGCUCUGGGCCAUCAUAGACAUCUAUGGAAUCACACAGGAAGUUACAUUGCUGGAGAGCACGUUUGCUGAGAGCGUGGGCGCCAGCUGUCUGAGCGCUGCUCGACUCAGCGCCUAUCUGCCCCAGAGCAACCACGACUCGGCCAACUACAGCAACAACCAGCUAGAGACCAACCAGGCCGCGGCGGCAAAGAUUGCCACGCUACAGCUAGGCAGCUACAACCAGCUCAUCCCCUGCUGCUCCACCUCCUCCACGCCCUCUUCCUCCAUCCACAGGGCCGUCCGCGGCCUCUCCUCGCCCCUCGACACCGACCUGCACUUUCACCCAGUGCGAGGCCCUGACGUGGUUCUCUCCAAUGAUCGCACCGUCGCGUGUACCCACUUUCUGGACAGCAGCAGGACUCUGAUGUUCAGCGACAGGCCCGUCCGGGUGGGCGAAACUCUGUACGUGGAGGUGGGCCAUCUGGGCUUGCCUUACUUUGGGGCUCUUCUCUUUGGUAUGACCUCUUGUGAUCCUGGCACCCUCAGUGCUGGGGAUCUGCCAGCGGACCCAGAGGUGCUUCUGGACCGUAAGGAGUACUGGGUGGUGUACAGGGGUUUUCCUGUGCCAGCGGCGGGCGACGUGCUCAGCUUUACCUUUCUGCCUAAUGGGGAGGUCCAUCACGGGGUCAACGGAGGGGCGCGUGGGCGUCUCCUGUGUGUCGACUCUUCUCAGGUUCUGUGGGCCUUCUUCACACUCCAUGGGGCCGUGAACCGACUCAGGAUAUUAGGAACUGUUCAGGCCAGCCCACCCACCUCCCCGUCAGUGUCUCAAGGAUCAACGCCUGAUGACAGUGACUCUGAUCUGGCUUUCAGUGUCAACAGAUCCUCAUCAGCAUCUGAGUCGUCUCUGGUGACAGCUCCCAGUUCUCCUCUCAGUCCUCCGGUCUCACCGACUCUCUCCUCGUCAGACGCGCCUCUGGGCAGCAAGAGCAGCGAGUGCACCGUGUGCUUCGAUCAGGAGGUGGACACCGUCAUCUACACGUGUGGACACAUGUGUUUGUGUAACGACUGCGGACUGAGGCUCAAGAGACAGAUCAAUGCGUGCUGUCCGAUCUGUCGGAGACCCAUAAAGGACGUCAUAAAAACCUACAGACCAUGAAGGACUAGAACAUUUUCUAUCAAAUGAUUCAAAACUCGGUAGCUGUGGUUGAAUAUCUGGACUAAACUUGUAUUUGAGCCUGUGUAUGUAGCUUUGAUUUGUGUAGCAUUAAGCUCUUGUCCGUAUUUCUCCCACCUGAUAUUUUAAACGCAGAUCAUCUGAAGCCAAAUGUAAUUGAUUUAUGGUUGAUGAGGAUUAACAAAGGUUAAUCUCGAUUCUGAUCAGAUACUUCUAGUGCCUUUAACGUUGUUCCUAAAGCAGCACCUAAUGGAUUAGACAAUCAUAUCUGAGUAUGAAUUAAGAAGUAAUUCAGAGGGACCUCAAGAUAAAAAGGAAAGAAUGUUUUAAUGUGCAAGCGAUUAAUACACAGGGCUACAAAUAUGAUUUUAUAUGCUGUUUUAAAGUUUGAUAUUCUGAUUGCUGUGUUAAAGUGAAGAAAGAUUUGCAUCAUGACAGUUGAAGGGUUUGGAGAUUUGUUGCACUUAUAACUAGAGGUAAACUCAGCACUAAAACACAUCGGCCCCUCUGAAGUCAUUUCAGAUGUGGAUCUGGACGACUGCAUCUUAAUUCAGAACAAAAAUACUUUGUUUAUAUUAUAGAGUGAUGUGGUAUUGUAUUGUAUUUAAUGUCAGAUUUUGUCAAAAUCUGUCAUUUUCUUCUUACCUUGACAUUUUGUCCAGUGAGCAGUAUAACAAACAACAGGUUUAUUCUUUACAGUAAUCAUUUUUGUCUGUUUCUGGACUGUAAACAAAACAGGCUAGAAAAGCUAAAAUACUGCUGCGAAAUUAUUGUAGAAAUUGCAAUCAAUGCUAUUAUUGAUCAAUCCAGUGGAUAUCACACAUUCAUCAGGGGACAUUAUGCUUAAUAAUAAUAUUGAAAUAAAUGGUGGUGAUGAUGGGAGAAAUUAUGUAAAACUAUUUACAUAAAUACAAGUACUCAUGUAAUGGACCAUAUACUACCAUCUAUUAAUCAUCACUGUACGUUUUCUACCAAAUGUAACAAGGAAAAUCUGCCAGUGAUGACACAAGUGUUCAGUGAUAAAAUAUAUGGUUGAAUUUGAGUUUCAUAUUGUCAAUAAAACUGGCCACAGUUC